CUCAGUAGCACGUAUGGUGUGGGAGAUAUUCCAGUUUAGAAAGGUCCUCUAGAGAGGACAAAAAUUAACUGCUGGUAGUCAGGAGGCUAAGAGGACCCUCCACAAGAAUGGAGUAUAAAGAUGAAGACAUUGCUGUGAUUGGUAUUGGAUGUGAUUUUCCAGGAGGUGAGGGCCUUGACAACUUCUGGAAGGUUCUAGUGGAAGGUAGGAAUUGUGCAGUAGAGAUUCCAGAUGAGAGAUUUGACUGUUCCCAGUGGUAUGAUCCAGAUGACAACAAACCUGGGAAGACACGAACCAAGAGGGCUGCUCUAAUAAAUGGGUUGAAUGAAUUUGACCAGCGAUUCUUUGGCAUCUCUGAUGCUGAGGCUGGCCAGAUGGAUCCUCAGCACAAGUUGCUGCUGCAGUGUUCCUACAGAGCCCUGGAGGAUGCUGGGAUUCCCAUGGAGAAGGCCAGUGGCACCAGAACAGGGGUUUAUAUAGGAUUGAUGAACAAAGACUUUGAGCUCAACAGAGUAAAUCUCCAUCCUAAUGAAACCAGUCAUUGGACAGGUACCGGUGUGGCCACAAGCAUAGCAUCCAAUCGGAUCUCCUACACCUUCGACCUCACGGGGCCAUCGUUCACACUCGACUCUGCCUGUUCUUCAUCCCUUUUGGCCCUUCAUCUGGCAUGUCAAAGCAUUAGACAGGGUGAUUGUGACAUGGCUCUGUGUGGUGGAGUAAGCUGUAUCAUAGAACCAUUGCUAUUUGUGUCUCUCAGCAAAGCCAAGAUGAUUUCACCUGAUGGCACUAGCAAACCUUUCUCCAGCAGGGCAGAUGGCUAUGGCAGGGGUGAAGGUUGUGGAGUUGUUCUUCUGAAGCCUCUGAAAAAGGCCCUUCAGGACUCUGAUCAUAUCUGGGGUAUUAUCAGCAAAACAGCUGUUAAUCAAGAUGGUCGCACUGCUUCUCCGAUCACCAAGCCCUCCAUGGUUCAGCAGAAGGAGCUUCUCAGCAGAAUCUACUCUACACCGAGUGACCUGACCAGUGUCCAGUACAUAGAGGCUCAUGGGACUGGAACACCAGUAGGUGACCCAAUAGAAGCAGGCAGCAUCUCAGAGGUCAUUGCCAAAGCCAGACCAGCAGGCCAUAUGAUGGACCCAAUUCUCUCAGAGGUAGAGAGCAGCAUAGGCACUUUGGAGGAAAAGGAAUUGGACACAGAGUUGUACUCAACUGUGUCAGGCGAAAUCGCUGACAAUCAUGAUUUCUGCACGGGUACAUACUGGUCCAAGAACAUCCGUGAGCCUGUUGAAUUUGAAAAAGCUUUGACAGCAGCAGCUAAAGACAAGAAGAAUGUUGUGUUUGUAGAGAUAGGUCCCAAGCGAGCUUUGCACAGAAACAUUUUAGAGACACUUGGGAAUGACCCUGUUGUCCUAAUGUCAGCCCACCCUGAAAAAGAUCAUGAAACACUGCUUACGACUUUUGCCAGGUUGUUUGAAUUAGGUGCCAAUGUUAACUGGGACCAAUUCUUUGUGACCACAGAGAUCACACCAGCAGCCCUCCCGAGGUAUCAGUUUGACGUUGUUAAGAAACCUAUAUCGGUUCCACAUAAAACAGAACGCAUUUCCAGUGAUCAUCCUGUUCUGAAAGAAGCAGGGAGAGGUAAAGAUGUAUUUAUAUGCGACUUAACAUCUGAGAAGCUCUCAUAUUUGUCACAACACAAAAAUAAUGGGAUCUCCAUCAUCCCGGGGACUUUAUACGUUGAGAUAGGCCUGGCAGCUUUCAUAGCAAAAGCCAAACCAAAGGCACCACUCAACACGCUGCUGCUCAGUAUUAACUUCUUGAAUCCAUUUAUUUUGACCCCAAAUCACCCUGAACUGAAUGUUAAACUUGAAGCAGAUGAGCACAAGACCCUUUUCAAGAUUUAUUCCAGUGGCGCAAUCUUUGCUUCAGGGAGCAUUGAAAGCAACAGAGAGAGCAUGGCUGAUGAGCAGAAUAUCUCCUUAGAAUGCAUUGCCAAGAGAUGUACAUCUAUUGUUAAGUCUGAUGAGCUGUACAGAAAACUAGACUCUGCAGGGUUUAAGUAUGAUGGCGUCUUUAGGAACAAAGGAGAUAUUAUUUGUGGGGAAGAAUUCAGAGAGGUAUAUUCUGUUGUGAUGAUUCCGGAGAAUUUGCUUGGGCAACUUCAUGACUUCUGCAUCCACCCAGUUAUACUGGAUUACCUGCUGCAAUUGACACUUGUCACAAGCUCCCAAGGGAACGUGGUCAGGCCUAGCAUUCCAGUGGCAAUUGGAAGCUUGACUGUGCUUGCGCCAUUACAGAAAGAAAUGGUCUUAUAUCUGAAGGCCACCGAUCUGGCAGAUGAUCACUUCACAGUGUGUGGCUGCAUCACAAACAAAAAUGGCAAAGUUCUUGUUGAGGUUAUGGACAUUGUAGUCAAGUACAUCGGAAGUUCUCACAUAAUUGAAAACUAUUUCUUCCACAAUGAUAUCAACACUGUGUCAGAAAACAUCCAGUCCACUGUUCCUGUCAGUGCAUUAGUUUUGUCUGACAACUCUGGCAUGUCAUUGGGUCUAAAAUCAUACUUGAGUAACACAUCUCAGUAUAUUCCAUCAACCUUUGCAGAUACAGUGGCAAAUGGGGGGAUAUCAGAAUUGCUAUCGAAGUUCAACAUCUCUGAUAUCGGGAAAACCUUUACAGAUGUGUUAUUCAUGUGGGGUGAUCAAGACCUGUCUUCUCAGACAGCUGAUAAUGUGAUGGUAAGCAUGGCAGUUUGUUGUGAUCUGUUCCGCCAAUUACUUUUAGAACUGAGGAAGACAAAUUUCUUAAACUCUGUUAGAGUGGUGACCUUCCAGUCUUCGGAGACCACAGUAGACCAUAUCAGUCCAGGAUUCGUGCUUUCAGGCAUGACAAGAGCAUGCUCAGCUGAGGCAUUUGAAGUACAGCUAAUUGACAUUGCCUCUGUCUCUACUGAGGAUAUCAGAGCCCUUUCUCAGGUCCUGACCUCGUUUCCUUGUAACAAAUAUCCUGAGUUGGUGGUGAAAGAUGGUCAGAUUCUCCAACCUCACUUUGUUCACACCUCAAAGAGAGAAAUCAGUGCACAGAAAAGUGGUCAGUGUUCACAAGCUAAAUGUUUCACUUUGCAGACGGCAGAUCCCUAUAAAAUGAUCAGCUUAUCUGCCACUGUCUCUGAUGAGGAGAGUGGACACAUACCAGAAAAAAAUGUUGAGGUUCAGAUCAGGAAAAUAUGUGUCCACUCCUCAGAUUAUUAUCCAGUAAGUGUCGCUGAAGAGAAGUUUGGUCAAACAAUGUACUGGAAUAAACACACAAAUCAGGAUCACAGGCUCCUGGCUCUAGACUUUAGUGGUGUCAUCACAAUUGUGGGAAAGGGUGUGAGGAAACUGAAAGUUGGAGAUCACAUAGCUGUGUGCUACUCUACAACUGCAGCCUCCAAAGUUAUAGUGCCAGAGGAAGUUUGCCAUAACACAAAGAAGCUUGCCUUUUUGAGGGACUUACCAUGUGUUUCACUCCUUGUUGUUAUCUGGAAGUUACUGCAUGUAUUACCGAAACUGAAAUGGAAAGGCAAGUUGGCCAUCCUCUCCUCCAACUCUGAUUCCAUCUUAUUGAAAGCCCUGACUCUGAUUGCAAACAAAUCUGGGUGGAACGCUUUUAUUGCUACUGAUUUUAGAGGCCCACUGCCAGACCUGAGCAAAAUUGAUGCCCUUGUCUUAUUGCCACCAUUUGAUAAAUCCCUGUUUGUCAAAGCUUGCAGUGUCUCUGCUGCUAAGGAUAUCAUUGUUGUUUGUGAAAACUACUUGCCAUCUGCAGUUACAGAACAAUUCCUCAGAGAGGUUAAUGAUAAUGCUUGUAUUAAGAUCAUUGAGACAUCAAAGCUGCUAUCUAAAGGCUCAGUACGAGCACAAGGACCAGACUUUCACAGAUGGCUGAAGAAGUUGCAUCUAGACAAAAAAUCAUUACUUCCUCCCGGCACCAUCUUUCAAAAGAUGACAACUGCAAGCACUGACCUCCUGCCGUUAGAUGAGUCUUACUUCAGCGCUCAAACUAUUCCUCUAGUGGUCUUGAAUGACGAUAGCGGCAUGCAUGCAGUUUCGGACAUUCCACUGCUACCAAGAGAACACAAGCUCUUCAACAAGAACUGUGUGUACAUUGUGACUGGUGGCCUCACAGGGCUGGGGUUUGAGACAGUGAGGUUCAUUGCUGAGAGAGGUGGAGGGUACAUUGUCAUUCUCUCCAGGAGGAGUCCCAGCUCUGAGAUGCAACAGGAGAUUGAUGCUGUGAAGCAGCAGUGUGGGGCAGUGAUUGCCAGCGUGCAGUGUGACAUUGCUGUCACUGAACAAGUCAAAAGUGCCAUCUUUACCAUUGAAGAAAUAUUCCCCUCCUGUCCAAUCAAAGGGAUAUUUCACAGUGCAGUUGUACUUCAUGAUGCUCUCAUUGCCAGCCUUGACCAAUCCCUCUAUGAGAAAGUCCUAAGGCCCAAAGUUAGUGGAGCGCUGAAUCUCCAUCAUUCCACAAAGCAUUGUAAAUUGGACUACUUUGUGUGCUUCUCAUCUAUAUCCUCCCUGAUAGGCAAUGCAUCCCAGACAAACUAUGCAGCUGCUAACUCGUUUCUUGACACCUUCUGUCAUUAUAGAAGGAACCUUGGACUUGCAGCACAGUCCAUCAACUGGGGGGCUCUGAACCUUGGCCUUCUGUUGAACAAAGACCAUCUGCAAAAGUUCCUGGAGGCCCAAGGGAUAAUGAUGAUGGAGCUAGCAGAAGUUCUCCAGAGCUUAGAGGAAUGUCUUCUUGUCAAUAGACCCCAACAGGCCAUCUGCAAGUUUAACUACACAAAUAUGUUCCUCCAUGGUUUUUCUCAAAAUCCUUCUCUCUCUCUUCGUUUACAUUCGGUGGUUACAGAGGGAUUAGGCAGCUCCAAAAUGUCAGCAUUAAGAUUGGCAGACAAUGCAUCAUACUCUUCGCCACAAGAAAUUGUCAGGACCAUUCUCAGUAAAACCUUGGGUAUUGAGUGUGAUGAGCUUAGUGACGAGAUGUUCCUUUCAGCGCUUGGCAUUGACUCCAUGUUAGCUAUGACUUUGCAGAAUCUCAUCUUCCAGGAGAAAGGCGUAAACAUUCCACUUAUUAAAAUAGUGGAUCCUAACUGUACCGUAUUUACAUUGACUUCAAUGCUGAUAGAGAAAAAUGUAGACGUAGAUGAAAAUUAACUUUUUGUCAAGAACAAUGCUUGUUCAAGUUGGACACAUGUCUCCUGCUUGAAUCUUUUGAAUCCUGCUUGAAAGUAAUCUAUGAUAAUA